GCUAUGCGUGGGACGGUGCAGGAACUGACCAAUGGCAGGUAUCAAUGGACCGACCAAAUGGCAGUCACUAAUGGGCGUUUGCUGAUAUCAAUGAGUUUCUUGAUAAUCAAUAACUGAUAAAUAACAUGCACCAAGGGGCGUGUCCUGAUUUUUCAAAACGCCCCGAAUUGCGAUCUGCAAUUACACCAUGUUGGAGAGCACAGCUGAACAGAAAGAAAAUCCACAACAAUAAUUUCUAGACUCAUUUUUCUAUCCUAUGCAGAUUCCCUAAUCGACAAAUAUCCAGCAAUCAUAACCUGCAACAAGCAUGGAGAGAAAAAGUGACCCUGGAAAGAGAUUCCUGAGCAAGCCCCAGCUAGCUCGUUACCUGGGCAACACCAUGGAGGUGCACGCCAUUGAACCCUGUGCAGGAAGGAUGCUCAUGAAUAAGCUUCAAAGGAACCGGCACAAGCAUCGCUAUGACGACAACAACCAUCAGAUCAAGGUUAAGCCGGACCUGAACACGACCUUACCAGUCAGACAGACAGCAUCUAUCUUUAAACAGCCUGUCACCAAGGUGACCAAUCACCCUAGCAACAAAGUGAAGACAGACCCCCCACAAGCUGUCGACCAACCAAGACAGCUGUUUUGGGAGAGGAAGCUGAGUGGUCUGAGUGCGUUUGACAUUGCAGAAGAGCUGGUGAAGACCAUGGACCUUCCCAGGGGCCUACAAGGUGUUGGGCCUGUGUGUUCAGACAAGACCUUGCUCUCUAGCGCCCUGCACACCAGCCCCACCCCUGUCACUGGUCAGCUGACCGCAGCCGUGGCGAAGAACCCUUGGGUAUGGCUCAACACCGCCCAGCCGCUAUGCAAGGCCUUCAUGGUUACCGAUGACGACGUCCGGAAGCAGGAGGACCUGGUCCACAGUGUGAGGAGGAGGCUGGAGGAAGCUCUGAUGGCGGACAUGUUGGUUCACAUAGAGGACCCCACCAAUGAGGCAGACGCUCUGAAGGAGCAAACCGAGCAGGAGGACAAGGAGGGCGUAUAGCAAAGAGGGCUGCCUGGAACACUAUAUUCUACCCAUACAUGUACAGGAUAUUCACCAGGAUCUGACUAGCAUCGGUCAACAUGAAGGAUCCUCUCUCCCACUGGGAUCUCCACACAUGUCUUUCUGUCUGGAAGUCGGCCAACUACAAUUGAAUCCAUAUGUAUUUUCGACCAAUUUAAAUUGAUUUUAGAUAUGGGGUAGGGGGGAAAUUAAGACCUUAGACAAGGCUUUGCAGUUCAAAGUUUUUAAAUUCUCUUAUUUUUACCCUCAAUAAUUGUCUGGAAUGUGACAAGUAUGUAUGUAUGUAUGUAUGUAUGUAUGGUGCUUUAGACAACUUAGUUUUACCUUUUGUGAAUACUCUUAGCAAGUUAAAGGUCGAAACAGAGUUAACGUUUGUGUGCUUGAGAGAGAGAGAGAGCGAGAGAAGGGGGGGAAGUGUGUGUGUGUUUUUGAGAGGGAAGAACAGUGUGUUUGUGGGGCACCACUCAGUCCAUUCCAUUUGAAAGGUUCCAUCUAGCUCUGUCUUGUGUUGCCCUGGUUCCACUGUCAUUUGUGGAGAAUUAGAGGGGUGCGGACUGGGCAAGGGACCACAUACUGUAAGAUAAAUUGGAGGCUCAAAAUGGACUUAGCAAAAGACUACCUGUUGCAUCAGGAAUCAGUCAUAGAUAAACGUGCAUCAUAUGACCUGAUAUAUCCUAUAGGUCUUGUUAUCCUUAUCUUGUUUGGUGUUCUUCAAACAAUGUAGUCUGGAUAGUCGUGAAGAGCAGUGACCUGCACAGAGGUUGCAUUGACUCGCAUGGCUCACAUGUUCCAAUAAGUUCAAAACGGUGCUAAUCUUUGUAGAUGUAUUUUUGCUUUCAUGUUACAUUGAACUGUCAAUAGAUGUGAAGGCUGACAGACUGCGCCAUUACUCUGCGAUAGUUGCCUAUUUGGGAUAAAAAAAAUUUUUAAUGUACUUUGUGGCAAGUCACAAUUAUGCCGUAGUUAUUUAACAGAUUUUUUUUUCAGGUUUUAAAUGCUAUUAAAUGUUUACCUUAACCUGUUCUUGAUUUGAGGUAUGAAUGCGAAGAUCAUUCACUGUCAUAUGAAGACGUCUGAAAGUAGGAACCCCCCCAUGAAUUGUAAUUGUUAAAAUUAUGCUUUGUAGAAAAAUACAAAGUUUUUCCUCAGAUGGAUUUGUUACCAUUGCCUGUUUUAGAAAUUGUAAGUCAAACAUAAAGCAAUUUUUUUUUUCUAUAACAAAAAUAAAUGCAGUCUAUUGUCA